AUGUCAUCACGUACAUCGUCCACCUGUAGUGGUGAUCCAGCUGAUGGCUAUCGUAUCAAUAGCAACGGUAGCAAUCCAAAUUACGCAGUGUUGGACGGAUUGUACGCCAUACAUGAUGAACUUGGAUCAGGUGGUUUUGGUAAAGUAAAAUUAGCAACGCAUUUGCUUACAUCACAAAAAGUUGCCAUCAAAAUCAUCGACAAGAAAGCAAUUGGUGAUGAUUUGCCACGUGUGAAAACCGAACUUGAAGCUCUGAAGACAUUAUCACAUCAGAAUAUAUGUCGAUUAUAUCAAUCCAUCGAAACCUCUGAAAAAUUCUUCAUCAUAAUGGAGGUGAUAUUCUGUCAUAAUGAAGGGGAAAUCAAUCCGUAUAUGAUUCAUGGUGCUCAACUUUUUAUUGCAAAUGUGCUAUUGCAGUUCUGCAGUGGCGGAGAGAUGUUCGAUUAUAUAGUGAAGAAGGAACGGUUGCAAGAAUCGGAAGCGAGACAUUUCUUCCGACAACUUGUGCAAGCCAUAGCAUAUGUUCAUCACAUGGGAUUUGCACAUCGUGAUCUCAAACCAGAAAACUUGUUGCUUACUGAAGAUUUGCAACUGAAAUUAAUUGACUUUGGACUUUGCGCGCGUCCUGAUAUGGGCCUGAACAGGCCGUUGGAUACCUGUUGCGGUUCACCAGCUUAUGCAGCCCCUGAACUGAUACAGGGGUCCGCAUAUCUCGGCAAUGAAGCAGACGUGUGGUCGAUGGGUGUUCUCCUAUACACACUCUUAUGUGGAUCGUUACCAUUCGAAGAUGACAACAUGCAAACACUCUAUCGAAAAAUUUCCCGUGGUGUAUAUUAUGAGCCAGAUUAUUUGAGCUCGUCAAGUAAAGAUUUGUUGAAAGCAUUACUCCAAGUGAAUCCGAAAAAUCGUAUCAGCAUCGACGAACUGAUCCUACAUCCAUGGUUAAACAAGAAAUAUUCCCAGCCAUUGAGAUGGAAAUCUAUUUAUGAUCGUAAAAUCGUCGAUGAAGAAGUAUCACGUGAGCUGGCCACUCAUUUCGGUAAAUCGUUUCUCGAGAUGGAAUCUCUGAUCAAAGAGUGGCGUUUCGACUACUUAACAGCCACCUACUAUUUGCUGCUCAUGCAAAAAAGAAAAGGAAUGAAAUUUGCCCUACCAUCACCGCAACCAGUUGAUCGUGCGAGCGAUGUGGCCGGCGUGCUUCUGUCAUCACCAACGAUUCAUGCUUCAUUGGAAGUCGAUCUAAAUAAAUCAGGAUUGGAUGAGCAAGCAGACAAUGAGGAUAGAGAUAGAUAUGUGAACAACAGUGGUAUUGCCAUUAAUCAUCAUCAUUCAUCGGCAAAUGAUGACACAAAUUACGAGCUAUCCAACAAGAACAAAUACAUCGAUGAUUCUUCAUUCGUUAAACCAUUAUCUCCACUAGCACAUUAUGAUAAGAAUUUAUCAUAUGCGUGUGCAAUGCUGAAUAUGCCUUCAAUAUGUACGGGACGUUCGCCACAACAGCGUGCUGCUUGUAACUUGCGGUGUACGAAUCAUCCGGCAACUAACACGAACUUCACUCCACAUCAUCAUCCUAAUUACCUUCUGCCGGUCUUCGGAACUCCAGGUGGAGCUGGUGGUUUUGAUUCACAUUUAUACUAUCGAGUGAACGAUUCAGAUAAAGAAAAUUAUAAGUCAGCAACUGUUCGAAUAAGAGGGCCUGUUAAGUUGUAUGAUGAAGGAAGACCAAAAAGUGGUAUGUUCUCAACUCCAUUGAAGAUGACAGUGCAAGGAUUUUGUGGUUCCCCAAAACCAAGCAUAUUUAGGUCUCAUUCAAUGGAACGUCGUACGCCGCCAUCAACGCCUUCCUCGUCAGUUUCGUCAUCGUCACGCGAAUCAAAUAUAAAUCGGAUUCCGCGAUCAGCCAACAAGACACCACGUCUUCGUCAACGUGUAUUCGCAUCAUUAGAGAGACAAGCUGAUAAAAUGAUUAACCUUUUGACGCCGAAGAAAGUCAGAAAUACUGCACCCGAAAUCCUCAAACAUACCAAAACAAUGGUGAAUGUUUCAAUAACUUCAUCAAAAGAUCCUGAAUUGGUUCGUGCCGAACUUGUGCGUGUAUUUAUCGAACAGAAUAUCUCAGUGGAACAGCAUGGGUUUGUGACGAUCUACCUGUUGAAUUUUCUAUGGAAAAUUUCGGGGAAGAAGCGUGAUGAGUUCAAUCGGCUGAUGACAGUUGAGUUGGAAGUUGUGUUGAUUGAACUGGGCGAUAAGAAGCAGUUGGUUGGUGUUAAGCGGAAACGAUUAAGUGGUGACGCCUUCAUGUACAAGAAAGUUUGUGAGCAGGUGUUGCAGCUCGCUGGAUUGUAG